GACACAUAUUUGGGAUCUACAUAUUUAUCAUCGAAUAUCAGCCUUCACCUUGAAGAUCAUUCUCCUGAAAUGGUGCUAGGCAAGCCAAGCAAUCACAUGGCGAGUCGGCAAGAGAGUGAAUUCCAGACUAAUCUAGAAUUGAAGAAUGAUUUCUCCCUUCCAAGGAGAAACGUGAGAAAUUUUAUAAGAAUAGGCAAAGUGAACUUUUAUUGGUACAUUUAAUAAUAUAUGUAGCUGUAAAUUCAUGUUUGCAGCAUUUGUGAAAAUAAGACGUGUUACUUGUCACACCUCAUGGAUCAUAAGAGAACACACACUGGAGACCACAUCAAAUGUCACCCUGUGUCCAACAGGUUGCUGGCAGGCCCCUUUAAAGCUGACAAGUUUGGACACACAUUGCCCUGAUUUGAGGAACCUGCAAGCUGAUAGCAGAGCAGGCAGUUCCUCCUUUGUUGAGCGACCACACACUCCAAUGAGACAAAGAAAAAUGUAUGUUUGCAGCGUUUGUGAAUAUAAGACGUGUUACUUGUCACACUUCAUGGAUCAUAAGAGGACCCACACUGGAGACCACAUCAAAUGUCACCUGUGUCCAAGAACAUUUGCUGGCAGGUCGAAUUAUUCAAGCCACAUGAAGGCUCAUGCUGGACUCCUUGUGUGUACCAUCUGUGGUAAAGGAUAUUCAUCCAGGAUUGGUCUUAUUCGACAUCAAGGGACCCAUAAUAUCCACGCAUGCAUCUCCCCCUGCGUCCAUUGAAUCAGAGACAUUACAUCAUGGAGUGAGCAGUUUGUCAUGUGUUUUACAAACAACCAGUGCCUCAGGACUGCAGAAUAAAAGAUAUCAGUGUGAUGCUUGUCCAUACCAAACAGAUCGAGUGUCUGAUUUCAUGGAUCACAAGCG